UAAAUUUUUAUAAGUAGUCUUUGCAAAAACAUCAUCGCUUCAAAAUCAUGGAAGAUCAUCAAAACGAAGAAUCAUUAUCAGAGUGGUUUGCAAAGUACUUAAACCGCCAAAGUGAUUGGCUAGAGAAAACAAGAGGGAAUCUGAUGGUGACGGCUACCGUUAUAGCUGGUAUGAGUUUUCAGGUUAUGGUUAAUCCUCCCGGUAGCGUGUGGCAAGGUGACAACUGUUCUUUCGGAAAUCAAACCGGGGGUUCGGUUUGUAAAGGGAAGGCCGGGACUGCUGUGUUGGAGUACGAGAGUACCAAACGUCGAGCCUAUAUUGGGAUGGUUAUUAGCAGUACAGUCUCCUUUUCUGCCUCCAUGAGUCUCAUUCUCCUCGUCAUCAGCGGUUUACGACUAAGGAACCGGAUGAUAAUGGCGAUCCUCGUAACGUUUAUGGUGGCGGCGGUUCUUUGUAUAUCGGCCUCCUUCUUAUUUGCGGUCUUUCUGGUUCAAUCCGACGAUAAAUUGAUUCGUGAUAUACUAACGAUUUAUGUGGGAUUUUGGGUCGUGUUUCCUGUUUUAAUACUCCUAGUCCAACUUGUUCGAUUGAUACAUUGGCUUAUUUGUUAUUUGUGUUGUUGUUGUCGCCAACGUCGACGACGAUCCCCUCGACGAUUGUUGCCACUGGCUCCAUCUCCGGCCCCUUAACGAAGAGUAGUAGGAACUAGCUACGACCAUGUGGCUCAAACUCACGUAUGAAACAAAAAUGGUGUCAGCAAUGUGAUCACUAUAAUAUAUGUCUCCUGUUGUCAUUUUUAUAAGGUUUAUGGGUUGAAUCGUUGUAUGUGCUAAUUGCAUGACAUUAGUUAGCACUUUAUAUAUGUAUUUGUGAGUAGUCUACUUGUGGUCGUCAAUAUAUUGGUCUUAUUCUUUCAGACAUAUAGUUUCGGUUGUAAAUUUAAAUAAAAUGAUAAGCACGUUUCUAGUAA